CUCCGAUUCUUUCUCAGGUCAGCGCAAAGAUGUCUAGCACUAAGAGAAUAGUCCGAGCAUGGAAUGGAAGUGUUGUGGAAUCCAAUUGCAUGGAGGAGUUCUCUGCUGGUGUCUCCCGCUAUGCUAAUGCAAUGGAUGUUAUGGGUGUUUCAUUUCAGAAGUUUUAUAUUGAAUUAGCUGAAGUUGAGUCACGCGCAGUCUCUGCUAAGAAGCGUCCUCGUUCUUUGGAGGGGCGUCUUCGUUCUCUGGAGGAAAGUCUUUGUUCUUUGGAGACGCUUCUUCGAUCCGCGGAUGAGCUUUAUCGUUCUUUUGAGGAGCGUCUUCGUUCCACAGAGGAGUGUCUUCGUUCCACAGAGGAGCUUGCUCGUUCCACAGUGGAGCUUGCUCGUUCUGCGGAGGAGCGUGCUCGUUCUGCGGAGGAACGUGCUCGUUCUGCGGAGGAGCAUGCUCGUUCUGCGGAGGAGCUUGUUAAAACAAUUGAUUCAGAGCUUCUUCAGGUGCAGGCAAAAGUCGGAAAGGCAACACUUUUUUUAAUGCGAGAGCCCAAGUAAUUUAAAAAUGAACGGAGAGAGGGAGCGACGAUAGGUGUUUAUAUUGUUGAUAUUAUUAC